AUGGGCGUGGCCGAGGUAAGGCGCCUGCGGGUACUGGAGCAGCACCGGCUGCCCAGGACCAUCUGGGUGGACAACGGCCCGGAGUUCACCUCGAAGCAUCUGGACCAGUGGGCAUGUCUGAACGAGGUAGAACCGGACUUCAGUCGGCCGGGCAAGCCCACGGACAACGCCUUCCCUAAUGUCAUGAAUGGGAGGCAUUCAACGUGCGGUUCCGGCAGGAGUGCCUGA